UUCAAAAUUGAAACCCUAACCCCUCGGUGUAUCCUCUUGCAUUCGCGGCUUAAAGCCAAAAAAAAAAAAAAAAAAUCACAAAUGGGGAUCGAUUUAAUCGCAGGAGGUAAGAGCAAGAAGACCAAGAGGACAGCUCCUAAAUCCGAUGAUAUUUACCUCAAACUCCUCGUCAAGCUUUACCGUUUCCUUGUGAGAAGAACCGGGAGCAAAUUCAAUGCCGUGAUAUUGAAACGCUUGUUCAUGAGCAAAGUGAACAAGCCUCCACUAUCUUUGUCUAGACUAGUUCAGUUCAUGAAUGGAAAGGAGGGCAAGAUUGGUGUGGUAGUGGGCACAGUGACAGAUGAUAUUAGGGUUUAUGAGGUUCCCACUUUGAAGGUUACUGCUCUUAGGUUUACAGAGACUGCUAGAGCUAGGAUCGAGAAGGCUGGUGGUGAAUGCUUGACUUUUGAUCAGCUUGCUUUGAGGGCUCCCUUGGGACAAAACACGGUUCUCCUCCGAGGUCCGAAAAAUUCCCGUGAAGCGGUUAAACACUUUGGUCCCGCACCCGGGGUUCCUCACAGCCACACCAAACCAUACGUGCGUGCAAAGGGAAGGAAGUUCGAGAGGGCUAGAGGAAGGAGGAACAGCAAGGGGUUCAGGGUUUAAGACUAGUUAUCUUGAGGCUUUCUAUCAUUUAGGGAUUCUAUGGCAGAUGAUUUGCUUGCUUUAUUCAUGGAUUGUUUAAUAACUUGUUUGAGGAUGAAUCUUUCUUAUAUUACAAAGUGUUUCAUUGUUUAAGCA